GCUGUAGUUCUGCGGGUGAAGCACUGGAAGGAAAGCAGCCUGCGGUCUCUGUAAUCCCGCCCUGCUCCUCCCGGGACGGAGUUCCCGGAGGGAGGUUGUGCGCCCAGGACUGCAUCUCAGAACCGUUCUGAGCAAUGCUGCUCUGGUUGUCCGUGGUCGCAGCCUCGGCGCUGGCCAUACCAGCCCCGAGGGCAGAUGGGCAGAGGCGAGGAGAUGCUCGGGCUUGGCCCGUUGCUCCCAACGUGGUGCUAGUCGUGAGUGACUCCUUUGAUGGAAGGCUAACAUUUUAUCCAGGAACUCAGGUACUGAAACUUCCUUUUAUCAACUUCAUGAAAGCACAUGGCACUUCCUUUCUGAAUGCCUACACAAAUUCUCCAAUCUGUUGUCCAUCACGCGCAGCAAUGUGGAGUGGCCUCUUCACUCACUUAACAGAAUCUUGGAAUAACUUUAAGGGCCUAGAUCCAAAUCAUACAACAUGGAUGGAUGUCAUGGAAAAGCAUGGCUACCGAACACAGAAAUUUGGAAAACUGGACUAUACUUCAGGACAUCACUCCAUUAGCAAUCGUGUGGAAGCAUGGACAAGAGAUGUUGAUUUCUUACUCAGACAAGAGGGCAGGCCUACGGUUAAUCUGAUCCCUAAAAAGACCAAAAUAAGAGUAAUGGAAAGGGACUGGGAAAAUACAGACAGAGCAGUAAACUGGUUAAGAAAUGAAGCAAUUAAUUACACUCAACCAUUUGUUCUGUAUUUGGGAUUAAAUUUACCACACCCAUAUCCUUCACCAUCUUCAGGAGAAAAUUUUGGAUCUUCAACAUUUCGCACUUCUCUUUAUUGGCUUAAAAAGGUGUCUUAUAAUGCCAUCAAAAUCCCAAAGUGGUCACCUCUGUCAGAAAUGCACCCUAUUGAUUAUUACUCUUCUUAUACAAAAAACUGUACUGGGAAAUUUACAGAAAAAGAAAUUAAGAAUAUUAGAGCAUUUUAUUAUGCUAUGUGUGCUGAGACAGAUGCCAUGCUUGGUGAAAUUAUUUUGGCUCUUCACCAGUUAGAUAUUCUUCAGAAAACUGUUGUCAUAUACACCUCAGACCACGGGGAGCUGGCCAUGGAACAUCGUCAGUUUUAUAAAAUGAGUAUGUACGAAGCUAGUUCCCAUGUUCCACUCUUGAUAAUGGGACCAGGAAUUAAGGCUAACCUACAAGUAUCAACUUUGGUUUCUCUUGUGGAUAUUUACCCUACUAUGCUUGAUAUUGCUGGAAUUCCUCUGCUUCAGAACCUGAGUGGAUACUCUUUGUUACCAUUAUCAUCAGAAACAUUUAAGAAUGAACAUAAAUGCAAAACCUCACGUCCACCCUGGAUUCUGAGUGAAUUCCAUGGAUGCAAUGUAAAUGCUUCCUCCUACAUGCUUCGAACUAACCAGUGGAAGUAUAUAGCCUACUCUGAUGGUGCUUCAGUAAUGCCGCAGCUCUUUGAUCUGUCCUCAGAUCCAGAUGAACUAACAAAUGUUGCUGCAGAAUUUCCAGAAAUAACUUAUUCUUUGGAUCAGAAGCUUCGUACCAUCAUAAAUUACCCUCAAGUUUCUGCUUCUGUCCACCAAUACAAUAAAGAGCAGUUUAUCAAGUGGAAACAAAGUGUAGGGCAAAACUAUUCCAGCAUGAUAGCAAACCUCAGGUGGCAUCAGGACUGGCUGAGAGAACCAAGGAAAUAUGAAAAGGCAAUUGAUCAGUGGCUUCAAAACCACAUUAACCCAAAUAAAUUUUGAAUGAUAAUAAAAAAGUAAUAUUCUAGAGCUAUACAGAAAUAUGUUGAAAGAUCAUAAUUGUUAGUUUUAAAUGUUAGUUUUAAUAAUUACUGAUUUUUAGUUACUUUUAAAGGAUGUAGUCUAUUUUAAAAUAGAAUACUAUAGUCAUAAUAUUAUAUAGUUUCAAAAAUGAUUACUAUCAAGACUCAUUCUUACCAACUUCUAAUGGUUUAAUGGGAGUAUUAAAAGGAAGCAAAUAGUAUAAUAUACAGUUAGGUUCCUGUGAAUAAUAUGGACUGUAGACUAUUUUUAACAAUUGAAUAUUACUUAUAAACCAUAAAAUAAUUACUU